CCGAGGCAGGUGAUAACUGCUCACGGUUGACUGGCAAACGUACAGUACUGUACCGGAGCAAUACCUUUUCUACCGCAGCGUAACAGCCAAGAAUCUCCCCGACUUCAAGGAUUAAUAUCACAGGCUGACAGACUUUAUCUUCGCUGGGACUGUCAAGUCUCAAAAGCUGCGACAGAGGACAAUGUUUCUCCUGCAGUACACCGGGCUCAGCACUCUUCCCUUUGACCCAAUCACCAACAGCGACUCUCUCCACUUCAGCAGCUCUAACAGGCCUCUGGUGACAGAGUGUCCUUCCCUGGAAAACACUGCUGAAAAUGGCAAGAAAAGGAAAAGAACUAGUCUUCUUCCAGACGGGAACUGUAACAUAGCUUCUAAAUCCAUGACGAUGCCCAUGUCAGACCCCAGCGCCUGGGCAACAGCCAUGAGCAACCUGGGGAUGCCUCCGAUAAGCAUGACUGGAAGGCAGCUUAUGCCAGAUUUUGACCCCAGUCUCGGGCUGAUGACUGGCAUUGCCCCCAUAAAUCCCUUGAUGCCCAGCCUGGGCCUGGCGCCCCCGCCCCUCUCCCAGGAUGUACCAGUUGUCAAGGAGAUCAUCCACUGCAAGAGCUGCACGCUGUUUCCUCCAAACCCCAACCUUCUGCCUCCAGCCACCAGGGAGCGCCCUCCAGGGUGUAAGACGGUAUUUGUUGGUGGUCUGCCCGAGAACGCCACUGAGCAGCUCAUCGUGGAGGUCUUUGGACAGUGUGGCGAUAUAGCUGCCAUCAGAAAGAGCAAGAAAAACUUCUGCCAUAUCCGAUUUGUUGAGGAGUUUACUGUAGACAAGGCUCUCCUCCUCUCUGGUUACCGUAUUCGUUUGGGCUCCAGCACAGACAAAAAAGACUCCGGACGUCUCCACGUGGAUUUUGCCCAGGCAAGAGACGACCUCUAUGAGUGGGAGUGUCGGCAGCGCAUGCUGGCCAGAGAGGAGAGGCACCGGCGCAAGAUGGAGGAGGAUCGCCUCCGGCCGCCCUCCCCUCCUCCCAUCGUCCACUACUCUGAGCACGAAUGUAGUGCGCUUGGAGACAAGAUCAAAGAUGACAAUGUGUUUCCUGAAUCAGUGCGUGUGCUCUUGACCUGGCUGGAACGAGGUGAAGUCAACCGCCGGAAUGCCAACAACUUCUACUCCAUGAUCCAGUCCUCCAACAGCCAUGUCCGCCGGCUGAUUAGCGAGAAGAGUCAGCAUGAGAAGGAGAUGGAAGAGGCCAGAGACAAGUUCAAGACCGCAAUGGCCGCGAUACUGGCUCAAUGUGAGUCCCCUCUGCUCAGUAACACUGUUAAUCUGGAGACGGUAAAGCAAGAUGUCAGAGGGAGCGAACAGAGUGCUAAUCAAGUCAGUGAUAUAACAGCAUCAUCAGUUGUGUCCUGCAGUCAAGAGAAGGGAGGUCUUCCAGAAAAGAAUCCCCCCAGUCCUGUUCACUCUGAGAGGGAUGCACUGCUAAUCGGGAUCAUUUCAACCUUCCUGCACGUGCACCCGUUUGGAGCCAGCAUCGAGUACAUCUGUUCCUACCUGCAGCGUUUGGACACCAAGAUUAACCCCAGCGAGGUGGAGGCUCUUCUUUCUCGGCUGCCGUGCACCUUCAGACAGGAGCUGUCUGGUGUCGGAGCCAGUUUAGAGAAACGCUGGAACUUCUGCGGCUUCCAGGGCAUCAAGAGCACAUAGACUCUGCCGGUGACACUUCUGGGACAUGGAAGAGAUGACAGGCAUACAAGGCAACACAGGUACAUGGAAGACACUGUGGAAAUGUGGAGGGAGCCCAUAACUAAUGGAGCCGCAGGGCUCCACCUUCCCAGACAAGAGCACAAAUUGUUCACUGCAGAACUCAGAUCAGCAAGGGGUGUUCUGUGUAGGUGGCAGAGAGAUAAAUAUAAAGGUUUUUCUGAUGGCAAAUUAAUUAAAUUAAUUGGCAGCAUCUCUAUGGUGACCAAGUGUUGGAUGUAUCUCUAUGGUGACAGUCUCACUCUCUCCUCUUUUUUUCUCAUGGGAUUCAACGAAAAGUCCCUUCAGAGAGCCAAUCUCAGCAGAGUCAUGGGAUUUGGUGUAUUUUUUAUACUUGAGCUUACAGUUGGCCCAGCGUACUGGCAGACCUGGACUUAAGAACGACACAGGAGGGUCAUCAGGGUCAACUUUCAACCUCGAAACUCUCUGGCGUCCUUUAUUGCCUCUACUUGAUUUUGUACAAUCGUGUAAAACAGCUAAACCUAAACAGCUGCAAAUGUUAAAAUAAAGAUGACAGACAUGUU